CACUGGGUAUUUUGUUUGAGACAUUUUUAUUGUGUUUUGUGACAAAAAUAAGGAGCAAUUGUAGGAGCUGUGGAGUGUUUUCUCUCAAAAUUAUGGAAUUUUUAUCGUCAAUCAUUGAAGUGGAACCCACCAAAAUAUUCCAGGAAGUGAGCUGUACUUAUCGGAAAAAGGACUUUGAGGAAGAUCCCAAGCACAAUCCACAAUCAGAUGAAAAUGAUGAGGUUAUAUGUAUACCAUCCGGAAGUUCCAUCCCAAAAAGUGAAAGCAGUGGUUCAAGUGAAAGAUUACGCAAUCCUUACGAUACUGAGGAAGAUUCCAACGAUUGCCUUGUCAGUGUGGAUACAAAUGGUGAAUCAGAUGACGAACAUGAUAGAAUCCUGCAUUUUCCUCCUCCGGAACAGAAAAUGUAUUCUGAACCUGAACCUCCGGAACACUGGUUAGAUCCUGGUGUUUCCAGGCGAGAAUUAAUAUUACGAACAAGUCAGAAACGUCAGAGACAAUUGCCUUAUUUUGUUGGAGUGCCUGAGAUGAGAUUUGAGAAAACUUUCAAAUUUCCCUGCACAAACAGGGACUGCUCACUGAGAUGCACGGAGGAAUUUAGUGAAAAGGAACGGGCAGAUAUUUUUCAAUAUUUUUGGAGUCUCAAUGAGGAGCAGCAAGGUUCCUUCUACACGGAAUUUGUUGAACAGUUGCCCAUUAAAAAGAGAAAAAUUUUAAAUUCACGUCGAAAUGCAACGUACAAGUAUUCACUGGAAGGAGCGGCAAGUAUCAGGAAGACUGUCUGCAAGAAUUUCUUUCUGAAUACUCUGGGCAUCACUGAAAACAAAAUUUACAAGUUUUACAAUAAUCUCAAUCGUUUGACUGAAACUUUUUUAUAGAAAAUUUUGUGUAAUAAAAUUAUUUUAAUGUUAAAA